GGAGAGGGAGAGAGAGAGAGAGAGAGAGGGAGAGGGAGAGAGAGAGAGAGAGAGAGCUCUACCUACCGACAGAUACAAGAGAAGUCAAGAGCAUUAAGAGGCAUAGAGCUACCGUAUAUACACUCAGGCACUAUGAAACGUCUUUGAGCGCUCAUUAAAAAAAACAACCCACCCUCACAUCAGGACUUUGUACAGUCCAGGGAGAGUCUAGCGGUAGUCUCUGAGAAUCCAAGACUUUUUUUUUUCAUGCGAAAGUCAUGAGCUCCUACUUUGUAAAUCCUCUUUUUUCCAAGUACAAAGGCGGUGAAUCGCUGGAACCAACUUACUACGACUGCAGAUUUCCACAAAGUGUAAGCAGGAGCCACGCUCUGGUGUAUGGUCCGGGCGCUACGGCUCCCAGCUUCCAACACCCUUCCCAUCAUGUCCAAGAGUUUUUCCACCACGGAACCUCCAGCAUCUCUAACUCUGGAUACCAACAAAAUCCAUGCGCCCUGGCGUGUCAUGGAGACGCGUCUAAAUUCUAUGGAUAUGAAGCUCUACCCAGGCAAUCGCUUUAUGGUGCCCAGCAAGAGGCGACGGUUGUACAAUAUCCUGACUGUAAAUCGUCUUCCAACAGUAACUCUAGCGAGGGACAAGGCCAUUUAAAUCAAAAUUCGUCUCCCAGUCUUAUGUUCCCAUGGAUGAGACCACACGCUCCCGGAAGACGCAGUGGCAGGCAGACUUACAGCCGGUAUCAGACCCUGGAGCUAGAAAAAGAAUUCCUCUUCAACCCUUAUUUGACACGGAAGCGGCGGAUUGAGGUCUCUCACGCCCUGGGACUGACGGAGAGGCAAGUGAAGAUAUGGUUCCAGAACAGGAGAAUGAAAUGGAAAAAAGAAAACAACAAAGAUAAGCUCCCGGGAGCCAGGGACGAAGAGAAACCCGAGGAAGAAGGGAACGAGGAAGAGGAGAAAGAAGAGGAGGAAAAAGAAGAAAGCAAGGACUGAUGUCUCAGCUCCUUGAAGUCUCGUUUUAUGGCAGAUGAUAAAUCGAGAUGUUUACGACGGUCAUUUGCUUUUAUAGAGUACAGAAUGGAGAGUCUCACACAGCUGUAACUACCUGUCAAACAGUUGUAGCCUUUUUUAUUGUCAUAGAACUUCCCCCAACUUCCCCCCACUUUUUUCUAUAUAUAUAUAUAUAUAUAAAAAUAUAUACCUAUAGCUGCAUUUUUGGUUUCAUAAAUAUAUAGGCUUUACUGCUACAGCGGAGAGGGGGUGUGUAAUCCCAACAGAAACCAAUCAUGAAGCAAAUACCACAUACCCCAACAGCAAAGCCCCCCUCCUAUCUAUCUAGAUAGCGAUAGAGGUGUAAAUGUAGGCAUCUUAUAUAUUUGUUUUGAUAGGUUUGACUAGUAUUUCGUCUCCUCGUUUGCCCCCACACAUGAGCCAAGGGGAAGUGUGAUAUUGCUUUCUGCGAGUCUUAGCUUAUUUUUUAAAUAUCUAUAUAUCUAUAUAUCUUCAGUGCUAAUGUCCAGUUAUCAUUUAACUUGUAGCUGCCUGCCUGACGUGGAAGAUUGGAGGGUGACCCCACCUGCCACGACGCACAUAGUAGCUAUAUAGGACCAUAUCUGUAUGUAGAUAAUACCUACCCGCCCAUGUCUCGGUAGGCCAAAACGCGAAGGCUAAGCGCCUACCAUUUCAUUAUUUAUAUAGGCACUGUUUAUCAUUUCACUGUGUGAGCACUCGAAAUUCUUAAUAUACUACCUAAAGGGAAACCUGCAAUAAUAAUGAAAUCUAUUAUCAACAAGGGGCUUACAUAUCCUAAAUUUUACUUGCUCAGAAUUUAUGAAAGGAAAGGAAGGAGAGAGCUGCGUUUUGCCCUGAUGCAAGCUACUAAGUAGCAUAAACUAAAAUGAUGCUAAUAAUAAUAAAAAAAAUAAAAACCUUGUCAUGUACUUUUCACUACCUAUAGAAGGAGUCAUGCUUUCAAAGUAUUUGUAAUGCGGUUUUGUUGUAUUUGUUGCUGCUUAUUUUCUUGGAGAAAAAAAAUUCCCAACAACUGAAAACUGCCUAGUGGGGGACGCACAGGAUUGUGUUAUUUUAUUGUGCUUAUAAAGUAGUGUAGAACUAAAUUGCACUGAAUGUAUAGUUAUCUAUUUGUCUUGACUUAUCUGUUCAUGCAACAUGCUCGGAAAGAAAAAAAAGUCAUUUGUUUUAUGUAAAAGCAUAGUUCUGCGUGUUCAAACUCUUGAAUGUAGCAAUUUCUGCCAGAAGUCAAUUUCUGGGCACCGUGGAUUUGUAUUGUAUACGUGAGACAUUACGUAAAUAAAGAAAUAAUAAUAAUUAAAAAAAAAGGUUU